AUGUCAAGCUUAUCUAAGAAGGAUAAAAAGAUCCAAGAAUUUAAAAAUAAAGUAAAUAUACUUAUUGAUAUGCCUAAUAGGAAUAAGAAUGAUCAAAAACAAUUUGAGAAGAGUUUUAGAAAAUUUAUGAGUGAAUUGGAUAAAUAUAGUGAUGUUAUUGAGGUGUGUGGAUUUGAUUCUAUUAAAACUUUAUUUUCUGAUGAGAAAGUAGUUAAUACUAAUAAGUUUAAAAGUUGUAUUGAUGAAUUUUAUAAUAAUUAUGAAAUUGAUUCUAAAUUAGAUACUGUUGUUACUGAUACGUCUAAAAGUAAUGUUAAAAAGCUUUCUAUUGAUGAAAUUCUUGAUAUUGAGGAUGAUGAUAAGAAAAUUGAAGAAUUAAUUGCAUUUGGAAAUAGAAAUAUCCAGGAUACUUCAUAUUUACUUCCUUUAUAUUCUUUAUAUAAAAAGAAUAAUGAUGUUCUUAAAAUGAUUGAUGUUAUGAGAAUGUUUCUUAAUAAUGAGUCUAUUAGUAGAAUUAAAGAUAAAUAUUUGUAUGACAUUUAUAGAUUGAUUGAUAGUGAAUUAGAAUAUAAAGAAUAUGAAGGAUUGGUUUAUGAACUUUUUAAAAACAGUGAUGAAGAUUUUAUUAAAAACAGAUAUUUACAGCUUAAAUUCUUUGGAAAGUAUAAUCAAGAUAAUUUUAUUGAUGAAAGUGAUGUUAAUGAAUUAUUUAGAUUGGUUUAUUUAAUUAAGAAUGAUAGAAUUGAUGAGGCUGAAGACUACUUUGAUGUUGAAAUUUAUAAGGAAGAUUUAAGUAAAGAUUAUGUUGUUGAUAUACUUUCUGAAUUUGGUGAUGUUUUAUUUAAAAAUUGUAGAUAUGAAUGUAGUUUUAAUGUUUAUUGGCUGAUUUCGGAAUUUAAAGAUGUGAAACUUAAACUUUAUUGUUCAAUUGUUGCUUUAAGUUUAAAUUGUAAUAAGCCAUCAAUGUUUUAUAACAAAGAACCUUUUCAAUUAUUUUUAGAUGAUUUUAAAAGUUUUGAAAGAAAUAUUUUUGUGUUGGAAUCUGCUGAUCCUUUAAUUGAAAUUUUUAGAGCUUUUUAUUUAUUAAAGUUAGGUGGCACUCAAGAGUGUAAUAAGAUUUUAGAAAAUGUUUAUAAUAAACUUUAA